UCAACCGUUAGUGUAAGAACACAUGUGAAUGAGCUGCGCCUCUUAGAAGAUGCUGGUUGUAGACGCGGGGUGUUCCACCCCCGGCAGUGCAUCCCCUUCUCUUCUUGAUUCACCAACUCUUGCGAGGGUGGAACGUGCCCGAUUACGUCAAGAGGGUAGCGGAAGUGCUGGUAGGGUCGGCGUAGGGGGUACUUCACCCCAACACCAUGCAGCCUGCUGCCAGUCGCUGCUGACAGGCAGUGCUGGGGGCCGUGAGAUGCACGCCAUCAAGAAGGGCUUGCUGUGGCAACAGAGAGACCGCAUCUUCUCACGAUGGAAGGAACGCUAUUUCAUCCUUACGCGCGACUACCUACACUGCUUCAAGCGCUCAUCGGGGUCCGGCGCUGAUAAAAUCUCAGAGAUGGGACAGUUCAUCUUCAAGGUAAAGUUGGUGGAUGUGGAGAGGGUGGAAUGGAUCAACAAGAAGAAUUACAGUACUGUAGCUCUUGCCCUAGGAAGGGAUGGCAGGGUUUUGUUAAGGGCUGCUGAUGGGCUCGAAGAUUGGUUUGAGCUGUUGGAAGAAUGUAUGUUGUCAAGUAAAGAGCGACGUCGGGCACUCCGCAGUUCACAUGAUCCCAGCUGGCGUGGAGACACCCAUAAUAUCAAUUCAGUCAACAGUUCUUUAGAGGAGUGGCUUCUUGCAAGAAACAAGAUAGCUGGUCUGCAGCACUUGUCCGACUCUGUGCCUGAUUUGCCGCUUCUCAAGCGCCAGGAUCAGGGGCGACCAGAAUCAAGAAUGCCAGAUGAUGAGGAAGAUGAAGUGGAGGAUGAGCAGUGGCUCCGACGCAGGCCACCAAAUCAUGAGCAACGACUCUCCUUGCUUACAGACAUAGAUAUCAAUGGCUGUGAUAUGCACAUGGAAACUCCACCUCCUUCUGUGCCUGCCACUUUCAGGGGCAGACCCACCAGUUACCGGCUCAACAGUGACGUGUUCUUCAUGUCUGCAGUUCCACCAUCAAGUGAACCAGCAGAUAGAUUGCGCUGUGCAGGAGGCUCAGCAACACCCUCCUUCUGCAGCUCCCGCUCUGUGCUAACACCUGUCGGCUCAUUCCGCAGCACACACCUCUUCAACCCUUCCAAAGUUGCUGCAGAUAGGUAUUCAGUCCUCAGUGAAACCUCGCAGUUAACGAGAUACAGAGAUCGUUCCCACAGUGAUGCUCACAAACUGGACCGCCAUUACUGGAAGACUAGGGCAGAGGUGACACGCCGAACAAGCUACAUGGUCCAUGCGACCCAUGUGUAGAUCCUGGUGGUGACAGAGCUGAGCUUUACACUUUAGAGCCUAAGGAUAGACUCCAGUUAAUUUUCUUGAACAUCAUUAACUGAUUGAUCAUUUUAAUAUAGAUAUUGUAUUUUCUGUGGAAUGAGAAUUAAAUAUUUCAAUGAGCUUCACUUUUGAAGUAUCUGAUAGCUGACCUUUCCAUUGUUCAGCAAAGAAAGGUAUUAUGUUGCUGUACUGUCUAUCAAAGUAUAGUGAGAGGGAUCAUAUGGAAGGGCACAAUACUGUCUUUAAAAUGGAAUAGUCCAGUUCGUUUUGCAUGAUCAUUUGUUUAUAACCUGGGAUCUAUCCUGUUAAAAGAUUGAAACUGGAUUAAUUGUACAAAGAAAGUUCCAUUCCUGUUUCUAGUAGCAGGUAUUCAUGGAACUGAUAAUGUUAUGUGAUUUUUUUCUCUCAAGGGAUAUCACCAAUAUAAUAUUGUUUGUCUACUACUUUUGGAAGUUUCUGAAAAAUAUGGCUUUCAUGCAGUUAGGACCCUAGUUUAUUGAAAUUAUUGAAAGCAGAUGAACAAAUAACAUAACAGUAUUUUACUAAUUUAUCAGUAAUGCAGUUUAAAUGAUUUAUAAUCAUUUGCAUGUAGUUACAAGACUUGCAUGAUCAUAAAGUUAAUCAAAACAUGUCAGUAAUAGCUACAUAGACGUAUUGCUCACAUUCUAAAUAUUAUAUUUAAGCAUUCUGUUCCAUUAAUAUAUCUUUUAUACACAAUAUAAUUCCAUCAAUAAUGCAACUAUUUCUAUCACUCCUUCCUUUAUGACAUGUUUCUGCCUCAGACAGCCAUCAUCAGUAAUUUCAGUUAUGCCAAAACUGUUCCACUAUAUAGAAUGUCCAGCACACAUAACUGCAAUAUUUCAUGAUUUAAAAUACUGGAUAUUAUAAUCGAUAACUUAGCUAACAUUACUUAAAAUAAAAUACACUGUACUUUACGUUAAAUUGAAUUCAUUAAAAUCUGUUAAAUUAUUUUGUACACCUCUACUUGGAACAUCGUUGACUUGUUCAAUGGAUAUAAUUCAGUAUCUCUUUGGAUUCUUGUACUGUAGCAGCCUGGAUGUUCACUGUUGUUUUCCAUACGUAAACCCAUUGUUGUGAAGGGAAGGAGUGAUAGAAAUAGUUGUAUCAUUGACGGAAUUAUAUUGUGUAUAAAAGAUAUUCCUAGUAUUCUUCUUAGCCAUUAUUUGAAAAGUUGUAUCAUCAGUGCAUUUCAUGGUACUUCUUGUUUUUAUGAAUGUCUAGUCAUAAUCUGGUGUGCUGUGUUAUAUAAUAAACGAUAAAAAGUAGCACAGUAAUAUGAAAAAUAUUGUAUUCAUUACUAAUAUAUACCUGAAAGCAAAUUUUUGUGCAUUUCUUACUCAUGGUUGCAAAAAUGAACCUGUUGGCUUUGCUGUAUCUGUCUGUCCUUCCAUCUUUACAUAACAACUUGGGUACCAUUGAAAGGAUUCAUCAUUACAUUAUCCCUUCAGUAAUUUAGUUGGCACUUUCCAAUUUUUGUUAAAAUUUGACCAUUGCAGGUAGAUCUUUGAGCAAUUCUUCACCCAACUUCAGCAUAACCCACUAUAUAUUCAGUGGAGUGAAAAGCAACUAAUGUAGAGAAAAAUGAAUCUUACAUUCUUUUGCCUAAUACACUUUUUCCAUAAGUCGUAUGGUUUUUAACAUAGUUAGACAAAGGUAGCAAAUGUGACAGAAUUGUAACACUAUGAGUAAGGGAGACUUGGCUAAUCUCACAGCACUACUGAUAAAUGAGUUAAAUACACUGACAGUUUUUAAUAUUUAAAAUGACACCAUACACAACUUCCAGAAGAUGAAGACAUUAUUAUACUAGGUUAUGUAUCAAAUAAGUUUUACAUAGUGUGUAUGUUGGAUAUAAAUGUUAUUCUGCAGUACAGGUAAUUUCACACUAGCCAUGGCAAUUCCACAACAGGUUCAUUCAAGUCAAAUAUGCUGUAGUUAUUUUCAAUAACUCUUGAAUAAUUGUGUUUUUAUGAUCACUGUUUGAGAACUUUCCCAGUACAUUUCAUAACCUAAUCUGGAGACAUUAUCUAUAUAAUGCUCAAAGUAUUCUUCCAUUCUGCUAGUUUUGUGGGAUGCAUAAUUGUGCAUUUCAACUGUGGUUCCUUAUAGACAUGCUGAAUAUUAUUAGUCAGAUUACUGCAUCAGGAUGAGUUGCAUAAAAUCUUUUUUACACAUAACUCAUUGUGUCUUCAGUCAUGAUUUUGUAGGGCUUGCAUGUUCUCUGUCACUGUGAAACUGCAAACAAUAAAUAUUAUUGUAGAAAUA